CGGGCGAGAGCAGGCGCUGAAGGGACACGAAGGGCUGGUCCGGGCCAGGGCGGAGCGGAGCGGAGCAGCGGCGGCGGCGGCGGCGGCCGGGCCACGACGAGGCGGCUCGUACCCCUCCCCCCUCCCCUUGCGCAGCAUUAUGGAUCCAAGCUUAUUAAAAGAACGGGAGCUGUUCAAAAAACGAGCUCUCUCCAAUCCAUCAGUGGAAAAACGUCCAGCACUUUCUGAGUCAUCCUCAUCAUCAAAGAAGAAGAAAGCCAAACUCGAACAGGGAGGGUCAUCGGGCUCAAAACAAAAUUCAGAUCACAGUAAUGGAUCAUUUAACUUCAAAGCCCUUUCUGGAGGCUCAGGAUACAAAUUUGGAGUUCUUGCAAAGAUUGUAAAUUACAUGAAGACCCGACACCAGAGAGGUGACACACAUCCACUGACUCUAGAAGAAAUUUUGGAUGAAACCCAGCAUUUGGACAUAGGACUCAAGCAGAAACAAUGGCUAAUGUCUGAGGCGCUAGUCAACAAUCCCAAAAUUGAGGUAGUCGAUGGGAAAUAUGCCUUCAAGCCCAAGUACAACCUGAAAGACAAAAAAGCCUUGCUUCGGCUCCUAGAUAAGCAUGACCAGAGAGGAUUAGGAGGAAUUCUUCUUGAAGACAUCGAGGAGGGGCUGCCCAAUGCCCAGAAAGCCAUCAAGGCCUUAGGGGACCAGAUCAUCUUUGUCACUCGUCCUGACAAGAAGAAGAUCCUUUUUUUCAAUGAUAAGAGCUGUCAGUUCACAGUGGAUGAAGAAUUUCAGAAACUUUGGAGGAGCAUCACUGUGGAUUCUAUGGAUGAGGAGAAAAUUGAAGAAUAUCUGAAGCGACAGGGUAUUUCUUCUAUGCAGGAGUCUGGACCAAAGAAAGUGGCUCCCAUUCAGCGGAGGAAGAAACCAGUGUCCCAGAAGAAGCGAAGGUUCAAGACUCACAAUGAGCACUUGGCUGGGGUCUUGAAAGAUUACUCUGACAUUGCUCCUGGCAAACAGUGAGUGGUUUCUCUUCUGAUCAGCUGCAUUCACAGAGGAUCUUGACUGAGGAUGCUCAGACUGGUGUUGGCUGGCAGACGGCCCCUCUUCUCUGACUGUGGAGAGGAAACAACUGUUUACAGAACAAGUGUGAGAUAUCAGCCUUCUCCGACCUUGCUCUGAUUGAUUGACUGCAAGGUAAUUCCCUUGGGUUUGUUCACCUUUGAAAGGCAUGCCUGCUGGCAUUGUCAACACCUGAUGUUUAACUGCUUCUGCUCAUGGUUCCUUUUCCCCUUUUGUUUUUAGAGCAAGUUUGCAGAUAGAAUUGAAUGCAAUGUGUGUUUAUUCUAAGAGAACCUAUUUAUAAUAAAAUCAUUGUAGAAACAUGUUUGAGGGAGUAGUGAAUUCUGUUUGUUUAUUUUUUUCUCUUCAGCAUUAGUUAAACUCUAGGAAGGUUUCCCAUUUAUGGGGAAACUUCAGUCCUGGGAAAGCCUCAUUGUCCGGUCCAAUUUGAACAGGACAGUGACCCAAGCACUGCCGCUUGUUGGAAAAUUAAAGCAAUAAAGACAACUUGAAGGCAUUGCUGAAACCCUUGGGUUAUAUUUCCAAAGGACUGGAUUAUUAGAACCACAGCUCCCUCAGAUGUUUUGGGCUUAGGACUUCAUGGUCUGAUUUAGCAUUGUCUAGUCAAUGAUCACUGUGUCCAGUUUUGUAUCUAAAAAGAGUGGUUCCCACUAGCUGGAUGGUGGACACCACCCUUGGGCAGGCUCAGGGGUCCCUUCUGCUUUGUGGCUUGACCUCACUGUUCCUACUUUCCUUGUGGAUUCUUCUUUAGACUUUCUCCUUGGUCUCUGUUUUACUAGUCGUGGCCCUGCUUCCAAGUACUGUUAAUGAAGCUUUUGUGGGCAACGAUGCUAUUUGCGAUUCCUAAUGAUACACAAGGAGAUGACUGAUGAAGAAGGAAGGAAUUUGAGCCACUUGUAAGAAGACUUUGGUUUCUGUGGCCCUCAUUCAAAAGCCACAUGCCGGUGCUCUGUACCGCAAUUCUGGUGACAGGGUAUGACUAGGAUUGCCACAAGUCACAUCCACUUCCUGGAGUGUGCUGGGCUAAGUUCUCUUGUACUGAAGGAGAAAGUGGAAACGUUCUGGACAAAUGACCUUGUGUUUAUAUGAAUUUUCUGAGCUAAACAAAAGCAGGAAUUUAACAUUCAGGUUUGUAUGGGACAUUGAAUUAGUUAACCACAUUUUCUGUAGAGACAGCAUAGCUUAAUGAAGAAGGCACCCAAACUUUUGUAGUCAUUCCACAUGAAGAAUUUGUACUGGAAGCAUGCAUGAAUCCCAGAACUGUAGAUUUAAAGAUGAGUGGAACCCCAAAGGUCAUUGAAUCUUACCACUUCAUUUUGGUGAAGGUGAUUUGGGUUAUGGGUGACAGAGCCAGCAUUCAAACCCAGAUCUUUGAACGCUAAAUCUCUGCAUACUGUGAUAGUUUUUCUUGGUUCAAAGGAAGCGAUGACAAUUUUGUAUUUUGUAUGUAUUUUUCUUGGGUUUCUAUUUUUUUAUUUUUUAAUUUUAAAUUUAACAAGCAUCAAAAACACAAAAUCGAUAUACAAAGCGAAACAAAAAAAGAUGAUUGUUCAUGAAGCCAUGAAUUAUUGCAUUCCAUAUGCUUUUUUAAAAUGCAGAUAAUAAAUUUAACAUUACUUUCGAAGUG